AAAAAGGAACGGAAGGAAUUGAUUUGAAAUUCUAGUGUUUUUUCUUAAAAAAAAAAAAAAAAAAAUAGUGGUGUCGGUUUUCAUCAUCUCUGGCUUCCAUUUUGAGUCGUGGAAUUUGGCUAUAUAAAGCCUUCACCGUGAAACUUCGGGUCUUCGUAUCAAAAUCUUGCCUUCUAAUCACAGUUCUGUGUUCUCCUUGGCCAAGGAUCCAGAAAAUGGGAGGAGGCAACGGCCAGAAGUCGAAGAUGGCUCGUGAGAGGAACAUGGAAAAGAAUAAAGCCGUCAAGGGAAGUCAGCUGGAAUCGAACAAGAAAGCCAUGACAAUCCAGUGCAAGGUAUGCAUGCAAACAUUCAUCUGCACAACAUCGGAGGUCAAGUGCAGGGAGCACGCCGAAGCGAAACACCCCAAAUCUGAUAUCUAUGCAUGUUUUCCCCAUCUUAAGAAAUGAAUAAGAGAAAGACAGUACCUGAGAGUAGGAACGGACAACUUCAACGGCAGAUUCACAGUUCCGCCUCAGUGAUCAUGUUGUUAAAAUGUAGGGUCAUAUGCAGCAACUAAUAUGGUGUUUUAUGUAACAACUAAAUAUGAAAUAUUCUCUUAUAUGAAAAAUGAAAAAUCCAUCUGUGC